CAGAUGAUGAGACACCGAGCAAAGCAGAGAACACCACAGAAGAUAAAUCAAGUUUUCGUCUGCUAAGCUAAAUUCGUCUGCUGUUUUUUUAAAAUAAAUUUAGUAUAAAUCAAACCAACGCAAUGUCCAAGUUGCUGGGUAUACCGCUGAAGAAACCGUCCGAGGUGGACAUUAUAAAGCCACUAAACAAUCUGAUACAAAGCACCUACAAUGGAGCCAGCGCCGAGGAGACGGCGCAAUAUGCGGAAGCAGUCAAUGAAUUUUCUAAGCAACGCAAUACGGCAAUUUGGAAGUUUUUCGAGAAAUACGAAGCAUCUCUAGAGGUCGUCUAUAGUUACUACGAUCAAAUAUGCGCGUUGGAAACAAAGAUAUCAGCCAACGAACUGCAAAUACCGUUCAAGUGGAAGGAUGCCUUUGACAAAGGCUCCAUUUUCGGUGGCAAAAUUAGCCUGACUCAUACCUCGCUGCUGUAUGAGAAGGUUUGUGUGCUCUUCAAUAUUGCCGCACUGCAGAGCAGCGUCGCCUCCAGCCAGCAACUGGACACCGAUGAGGGCCUCAAGCUGGCCAUCAAACUGCUCCAGCAGAGCGCCGGCAUAUUCCAGUAUUUAAAGGGUGCAACACCAGCAGCGGUGCCGUCGGAGCCAACGCCCGAUUUGAGCCAGGACACGUUGAUUGUGCUGCAGGCAUUGAUGGUCGCUCAGGCCCAAGAAGUUUUCAUACUGAAGGCAAUUAAAGACAACAUGAAGGACCAGAUUAUAGCGAAACUAUGCUGUCAGGGUGAGGAGUUCUAUGCGGAUGUACUGCGUGCCAUGCAGCGGGAGUCGGUGCGCAGUCUGUGGGAGAAGGACUGGAUACCCACAGUGGCUGGCAAGCAGGCGGGUUUUCAUGCGCUGACGCAGCUAUAUCAGAGUCUUGUCUGUCGCUCCGCGAAGCGGAUUGGCGAGGAAAUUGCACGUCUGCGUAAUGCGAUCGAUCUGUUCAAGGCAGCGCAGUCGCGUGGCGGCAACGAGACCUUUCUGGAUGAGUAUUUCAGUCGGGCCAAGCGCAAUCUGGCCGAGUCCACCAAGGACAAUGAGUUUAUUUACAAUGAGAUGAUACCGGAGUUGAGCACACUUGCCUCACCGGGCAAGGCGCAGCUGGCGAAGCCGUUACCCAUGGCCAGUCCAAUGGCUGGAAACUUUAGGGACAUCUUCAAGAAUCUGGUGCCCGUUGAGUUGCAUCGUGCGCUGACCGCUUCCGAUAUGCGCAAGAACGAAAUUGUCAACGUGGAGAUCAUGAAGUUACGCGACGCUACGCAAACCCUAAAUGCCGUCCUGGCCAGCUUAAAUCUGCCGGCCGCCGUCGAGUCGACGGACAGCAACAGUGGAUUGCCGCCAUCGCUGCUGGAGAAGGCGAAGGAGGUGCACGAAAAGGGUGGCAUUGAGAGUGUGCAGUCGUUGCUCAAAGAUCUACCCGAGCUGCUCAAUCGCAACCGUGAGAUCCUGGAUGAAACAGAGCGUCUGCUGGACGAGGAACGCGAUUCGGAUAACCAGUUGCGUGCACAGUUCAAGGAACGUUGGACACGCAUCAGCUCGGACAAGUUGACCGAAAUGUUUCGCACGAACUCGAAGAAGUAUCGCGAGGUCAUCACCAAUGCCAUCGAGGCCGAUAAGGUGGUGCGCCAAAAGUUCGAGGCGAACCAGAAGGGCAUUGAGCUGCUCUCACUGCCACCGGAGCAAAUACAUCAAUCGUUGCCCUCGGCCAGCGGCAGUGUGGAUCCGAAUUGUUCCAGUGUGCAGCGUCUCAAGCAGUUGAUGGAGGCCGUCGAAACGAUUAAGGCGGAACGCGAUACUGUCGAAGCGGAACUCAAGUCGGCCACGUUCGACAUGAAGGAUGAGUUUCUGCAGGCGCUGCAAAAGGAUGGUGCCAUCGAUGAGCCCGCCCUGUCGUUGGCUCGCAUCGGUCAGACUUUGAAUCCGCUGCAGCAGCAGGUCAAGGAGAGCGUGGAGCGACAACAGCCGCUUGUCAGCGACAUUCAGAGCGCCCACAGCGCCUUCGUCUCGGAGACGGGUAGCUGUGGUGGAUCGCGCGAUAAGCUGUACCAGGAACUGGCCACUGCUUACGACAGUUACAUUCAGCUCUCUGGCAAUCUGCAGGAGGGCACCAAGUUCUAUAAUGAUCUGACCCAGUUGCUUGUCGUCUUUCAGAAUAAGAUCAGUGACUUUGUCUUUGCACGCAAAACCGAAAAGGAGGAGCUGCUCAAGGAUCUGACCACAGAAUCCAGUCGCCAGGCGCCACCAGCGACACCAUCUCUACCAUCACACUAUGCAUCCACAUCUGGCAGUGGCAGCGAUAUUCCAAGUAUGCCCCCUGCUGGUGCUCCAGCCGCAACAGCCGCCGCUAUGGCCCCAGGAAAUAUGCCGUAUCCGGCGCAGGUGCACAUGCCGGUUCCAUAUGGCGCCUCACCGGGAGUGCCGUAUCCGACUUACGUGCCACCACCCAUGCCGCAGAGCUUCAAUCCGUAUGCCACCUUGCCAUAUCCGGGCAAUUAUCAAUAUAGUGGCUUCCCGCAGGGUCCACCACCCGGCAGCUAUGGCACCUAUCCGGGCAGUUUUGCGCAUCAACAGGGCGGCUAUCCCAACCAGAAGCCACCCGGCUGGUAAAAAGUGCUCAUCAGAUUCCCUCACAUAAAUAUAUUACCCGCGCACUGUGUUUAGCCCGUGGCUCCAUUUGCAUAAAUAUAAAGGUAUAUAUAUAUAUAUAUAUACAUAUACAUAUAUAUAUAUUCUGUUCUUGGUGAAUCUAGAUUCAAUGGCAACCAAUCGUUGGUCAAGGCAUUAAAUGCAAUGCAUCCACAUGUUGUGUUUCAAAUUGUAUCAUAUAAACAUCGUAUAUUAAAUUAAAGGCUUAAUUGGAUUUUAAUCUCAAAUACCUAUCACAAUAAACGUUACGUCUCACUAUGACCCAA